UCCCAAAGCGGCUGCAUGCAAUCUACAACAACAACAAUAACAACAAAAUGAAUGUAACAAGAAAAUAUUGUCAGGUUUUAAUGAGGCACCAACUGAAACGUUUUUCAGGAAGUUUGUCGUAUGUGCAGCGAAGGAGGUACUCUGAGCAGUAUACUGGCAAGCUGUUGUCAGAACUGCAGGCCAAGAUCAAGUUCAGUGGACCGAUAACAGUCGCCGAAUACAUGAAGCAUGCAUUGACUCAUGCUACAGAGGGGUACUAUAUUCACAGAGAUGUGUUUGGAGUGGCUGGUGAUUUCACAACAUCUCCCGAGAUCAGCCAGAUGUUUGGGGAGAUGGUGGCCAUCUGGUUUGUGAACGAGUGGAUGAUGGUCGGUUCUCCCAUGAAUGUACAGCUUGUGGAAAUGGGGCCGGGCAGGGGGACCAUGGCUGACGACAUGCUCAGGGCAAUAUCCAACUUUCGAGAGCUGAACAAAGAAUUGAGCCUGCAUUUAGUGGAAUUGAGUGAGACACUCAGCAGAAUGCAGGAGGAGAAACUAUCCGCUACUCCUGAGAAAGUGUCUGAUACCACGGCCAGCUCUGAAGGGCCCCACUACAAGAGCUGUGUAUCAAAAUAUGGUCCCAAAGUGUUCUGGUACAGGGACGUACGGGAUGUACCUGCCGGCUUUAAUAUGUAUGUGGCACAUGAGUUCUUUGAUGCUCUUCCAAUACACAAAUUUCAGAAAACAGAGAAGGGAUGGCGUGAGGUUUUGGUGGACAUUGAUCCGUCUGCAGACAACAAGUUGCGGUUCGUCCUGUCGCCAACGCCCUCGGCAGCUUCCAAACUGCUGCUUAAGGUGUCAGAGAGUGAUUCACGUGACCACAUAGAACUGUGCCCUGAGGGCGCCUUGACUGUGAAGCACCUUUCAGAGAGGAUUCAAGAGCAUGGCGGAUGUGCACUUAUUGCAGACUACGGACAUAACGGCAUGAAGGAGGAUACCUUCAGAAGCUUCAAGGACCAUGCCCUGCAUGAGGUGUUAGAUGCCCCAGGAAGUGCUGACCUAACUGCAGACGUAGACUUUGCCUACCUGAAACUGCACACUGACGGGAAAGUGCGAGCAUUUGGUCCCGUGACGCAGUCCCUCUUCCUUCAAAACAUGGGCAUUGCCUACCGACUUAAGAUUCUCUUUGACAAGGCAGAUGAUGAGGGCAAGGACGACCUGCUAUCUGCGUUCAAGAUGUUGACAAGUCCCGAAGAAAUGGGCGAGAGAUUCAAAUUCCUAGCCCUUCUAAGUAACACAACCACCCACAACCCUGUUGGCUUUGACCCUCUGCCUGAAAAUAACAGAAGUAAAGAGGAGGAAUUGUGAUGAAAUAUUUGCAUUAUUUCUUUUCAUCAUGCUUAGAAAGCGAGGAAAAAAGUGCAUUUGAUGAAUGUAGAUGCAGUCUCUCAAAAACACGCAUGUUUUGUUUGACAGCCAGAAAGUCAAAGUUGCACCACACUUUGGUGUCAACACAUAAUUGAUAUUCAUCUCCACAAAACAUUAUCUUUGGAACACACUUUGCUGUCAAACUAACUUUGGUUUUAAACACAGUGAAUUGUGUUAAAUGUUUUUUGUUAGUGAUCAUAGUAAUAAUAAUAAAUUAAAGUGGCACAUAA